AUGGCGUCCACCGACACCUCCGUCGUUGAAAAGCCCAAGCAAGACCAGGCCAUCAAUGUCAAUCUGAUUGCGGUACCUGACAGCGUCUCCACGCUGGGGACGGGAUCCCCAUCGAACGAGCCCAGCACCGAGUCAACGCUCGACCUCGUCACUUGGGAUGGACCUGAAGACCCUGAAAAUCCGCAGAAUUGGCCCCGGCUCAAGAAGCUCCUUCGAUCUGUGGCACCGCUGGCUGUAAUUUUUUCCAUAUCGUUCUGUUCCAGCAUCUUCGGCUCCGCGACAAGCGUCACAGCUCAACAGUAUGGGGUAUCCGAAGAGGUGAUGAGCCUAGGAGUCGCACUGUUCAUGGCAGGCUAUGCAGUCGGUCCGCUGAUCUUUGCACCGAUGGCGGAAGUGGUGGGAAAUUUGUCCGUCAUGGCGAUUGCACUCGUCGGCUGUGCCAUCUUCCAGAUUCCCCUGGCACUCGCACAGGGCGUCGUCACAAUUCUGGUCUGUCGAUUCCUGGCCGGGAUGCUAGGCAGUGGAGGUCUCGCUGUUGGGUCUGGGUUGUUGGCCGAUAUCUUCGGCCCUAUUACCCGUGGCAUUGCCGUUGGUACAUCUGCUUCGAUCAUGAAUCUGGCUUCGACCAUCAGUCCAAUUGCCGGUGCCUAUAUUGUCGACCACUAUAGUUGGCGAUGGACCGCCUGGGCAUCAUUGAUCGUAUGUGGUGUCGUCGGACUCCUCUGCAUUGCCCUUCUGCGCGAGACCUCUCACAAUCGUAUCCUCAUGCGCCGAGCUGCCCGUCUUCGCCGAGAGACGGGUAAUGACUCUCUCCGUGCGCGUUCUGAGAUGGCCUCGCUGGAUGCGCGCGUAUUGCUGCGCAAAUAUUGCACAAAGCCCAUCCGCAUGUUCUGCCAAGAGCCGAUUCUGAUCGUCAUGACCACCUAUCUAACAUUGGUCUACGGUUCGUUGUACUUAUCGUACCAAUUGUUCCCGCGGGCGUUUCAAUUACGUGGUUGGGAUGUACCUCUCUCCACGCUGCCAUUUAUCGCGGUUGGUCUGGGUGUACUAUCUGCUCUGGGGAUUUUCGCGCUUUUCACAAUGACCUGGUACAAGAAGCGAUGGACGACUGCCCAGAAAACCAUGGCAGAUGGUGCACCAGCACGCCUCGCGCCAGAGGAUAGAUUGCCUCCGAUGAUCUUGGGCGCAGUUCUGCUCCCUCCAAGUCUUCUUUGGUUUGGAUGGACUGGGAACGCUCACUGGGUGGCGCAAGUGAUUGCCUGCUUCUUCAUCGGAUUGUCUCUCCAGCUGAUCUUCAUCACGGGCAUCGCCUAUAUUGUCGAUGUUUACCUGUUGAACACGGUCUCGGCCAUCAGUAUUCACGUGAUGGUGCGCAGCCUUGUUUCUGCGUCCUUCCCCCUGUUUGAAGGGCCAAUGUAUGGCACGUUGCACAUCUAUUGGUCAGCCACGCUGCUUGCAUGUCUAUCCGCAUGUAUCAUGGCAUCGCCGAUCAUCUUUAAAAUUCACGGGGCUCGUAUCCGCAGCUGGAGCAAGUUCUCAGUGGGUGGAAUAUAG